AUGGCAGGCCCCACAGGUCUCAUCUCCUGCUUCCUUGAUCCAGCCACCAAAAAUUGCCAGCUGGAAGUCUGCUGCCUUUCGACACCUUCCUGCACUUGUUGCGUUGCUACCACAGGAGAUGGUUGUGUUACAUCUGCUGGUAAUAACAAGCUAAUCUUUAACCUUCUCAGGGGCAAUCUGGUGAAAGCUGAGUGGAAGCCAGGACAGGGUAUCGUGGAGCUGCAGUCCCCUGCGGGGAAGUUCUGGCACACCAUGGGGUUCACAGAGCAUGGCAAACAGUGCCUGCUGCCCGAGGAAGCUCUCUAUCUGCUGGAGUGUGGCUCUGUUCAGCUCUUUUACAGAGAUCUGCCCUUGUCGAUCCAGGAAGCCUAUGAGAUCCUGCUGUCCCAGGAGGCAAUGAGCCUGCCACAUUACCAGGUAUUCAGCCACUUGAAGCAACUGGGUUAUGUUGUACUGAGAUUCAACCCCAGCACUGUCCUAUCUCCCUACGAGAGGCAGCUGAACCUGGAGAGCCAUUGCCAGAGCUCUGGGAAACACCAUCGCAAAAGGAGGAGGAGUUCCAGCCCUCGGUCGCAUGAGAAGAAGCAUAAAGUAUCUGAGGGCCUCCCAGAAGCUGAAGGGACCUCCGAAAAGGCUGGCGAUAGCUGUGGAGACUCCAGCUGCCUCCCCAUGGAUGAAAUUCCUUUGUUAGAGCAUGCAAAGGAGUCAGAUGCUGGCAGUGGAGAGGGAGAGUCGGCCCCAGUUCCUCCUGAUACAGGACAAGAAAAGGAAUCUCCCAGCCCCUCCAGGAGUGGGGCUGGAGACCUGAGGGAGAGCAGCCCUGGCACCCGCGCGCCCCGCUGGGAUUUUAGCACCAUUGUCUUGCCGAACCUGGCCCCAGACCAGCCGUGCACACAUCUGCCCUCACCUGACAAGGGGCUCCUGCCGGAGAACGUGCUGGGGAGGGAAGUUGAUGCUGCUUGCUGGUGCAGAUGCAUCAAUCAGAAGCGGGAGAAGCUGUCACGGAAGGAAAGAGAGCAGCUGGAGAGGGAGAGCAGGUACAAGAGCAGUGUCAAUGCAGACAGGGAGGUGAGGCGCUGCUCCAACUGGCAGGAGUACAAAGCCCUCCAGAAGCAGAGGAGCCAGCAGAAGGUUUGGAGACGACCGCCACAUCUCUGGGACCAAGCUGUCACUCCGCUUUUGCGGCCGGAUGAAGCCACGUCAUCAGCUGCUGUCCUCCAGCAGAUCAGUGUGCUGCAGCCCUCCCACAUCCUGGAUGGAGCCUCCCGGCUGCAGGAGGACACAGAGGGCAUGACAAUAGACUUCAAUGUGUAUCAAGCAGAUGCUGUGGCCAAGUUUAAGAAGACGAAUCCUGGAAAGCCCUAUGUCAGGAUGUGUGUACGGAGCUUUGACGAGCAGAUUCCAUCCCUUCGAGCUUUGAAGCAGGUCACAUACCAGAGUGGGGACGUCCCGGUGGUCUUUGCACUGGUGGACCAUGGAGAAAUUGCCUUUUAUUCGUUAAAGGAAUUCAAGCUGCCAGUUGAUAUUAAUCACUGAAGUUGCUGUCACGGGCAGAAGUGAUGUGGGAUGAAGGGGAGAGCUUUUAUUCAGGAUUUGUUUUCUUGAUUAAUGAAAUACUAUGGAAAAUAGAGCUUAUGAUAACCAACUCUUACACUUGGUAGUCCACCACUGCAACUGGUUUUGUUCAACCAGGAGGUGGCUCAUCUAUAAAAGCAAAUUUACUGCAGCCAAGCAGUGUGUACAGCUUAGCCGGGCGUUUCUGGACUGGAAUACACACCGCUUUGUUCUUGAAGCCACUGGUUCUCCAGCUCUCUGAUCUCAUGGACGACUAGCCUUUUCCCUGUCAUGUCUAUCUGUCCUGUGGACCGCUAGAAAAUACUUUGCUGGUGACCCUCUUUUCAUAUGUUAAGAACCACUGUGCUAAGCCAGUCUGAACGGUUGGAGAAUCAUUGAGGUCAGCCAGGGCAGAAUAAGCUGAUCAGGUCAGCGGUGGUCUCCUGAGCUUCUGUCAUUCAGCUGCGCCAACGAACAUUGGAUCAGAUUCUUAUGUGAAAAACAAAGUCACAGCCAUAAAACUCAGCCAAAGGAAUCAAAUUUCUAGAUAUUUGAGAGCAGGAAACUCUGGGCUUUGUGCGCUGUUUUGUCAACCAGAGGUCCCAGAAAACCCCAGAGCAUUGCAGAUGGCACCCAGCCUCGUGCUGUAAUGGCUGUCCGGAGAUGUGGUUUGGCCACACAGUAUUAUAUUUUAUUAAAAUUAUGCCACCAAUAUCAGCACACUGUGUCUGAUUCUCUCACCAGGGCUGCACUGCAGCCUUCUCUGUUUUGUCUGUUGACAUCCCUUUUUCUGGCUGUAGUUCCUUGUCUUUUCUCUUGCAAGUGAGAGAUCCUUGAGCAAAAAAAGAAGCUACAGAUUCCUCAUGAGCCUUCCAGUCCCGUGGCUUUUGUGCUCCAAAGUGAGGAUGAGUAUCCCAUCAUUGCUUUCCAGGCCCUACCAUGGGAGCCUUCUGCCAGGAUAUGCAGGUACCAAAUCUGCUUUAGCCUCUCUGAAAAAUGACCAGUGAGGGCUGCCAGAAAGCCUGCUCAGUGGAUAGAAGGAUGCUGAGCAGGGCUGCGUUCAGUAUCUAGCUUUCGUCAGAAAGGUAAUACCAAUUGUUUUAGAUGCAUUUUAUUUGAUAAUGUUUGAGUUCCUUUUGGGGUUGGGGAAGAGGCAAAGGCUAAAGAAUAAAAAGCCUUUUC